AGUGGGUGGAGGGGAUGUUAAAGUUACAUUACAGAGGGAGCCAGAGAGAGAGGGAGAGACACACAACUGGCUUCCCACUUCACAAGGCCCCGCGUCGGCGAGCUCAUCCUAGCUGAGCUGCUCCAGAGCUGGCCGCACGCGCUCACACGACCGCGGGAACACGUGUCCGAGCCGCCAGAGGAGCCCAGCAAGCGCCUCAGGCGAGAGAGAACCCGCUCACCUCUCCCGCGCGGGAGAGGGAGAGAGAGCGCGUUUGCGUGCGCGCACCUGGCUGGAUUUCUUUGCCGCGCUAAUUGGGCCGCGGCGGGGAAGCUGCGACACCUGGACGGAGAAGUCGACGGAGAGGACUCGCCCUUCUCCCCCUCAGACUUCGGCAGCCCGACCCCGCACACUCCGUUUUGAGAAGCGGGGGGCCCUGGAGGAGCUCUCGGCGUUUCCAUCUUCCUGAGGGAGCUGACUUUAAAAGUUUCAUUCGAGGAGACACUCCCACCCCCUUUCCUGUCACGCAAGAACUUCUUCACUCGAGGGAUUUUUCCGGCACCACUUCUUCAAGAGAGAGAGAGGCGAGGACAGCGAGCAGCCAAAAGGAGAAAGAGGGGCGAGAAGGUGGGGGGGGGACCCUCUUCCGUAGCCAAGGGACAAAGGCAGAGUCGUCCUGCCUCUCCGGAGCAGCCACUAUGCCUCAGCUCUCGGGAGCCGGAGGAGGCGGCGGCGGCGGGGACCCGGAGCUUUGUGCUACCGACGAGAUGAUCCCGUUCAAAGACGAAGGCGACCCCCAGAAGGAGAAGAUCUUCGCCGAGAUCAGCCACCCGGAGGAAGAGGGCGACUUGGCCGACAUCAAGUCGUCGCUGGUGAACGAGUCGGAGACGAUCCCAAACAGCAAUGGGCAUGAGGUGUCCAGGCAAGGCCAGUCUCAGGAGUCGUACCACGAGAAAGGCAGAGAACACCCUGAAGAAGGGAAACACAAUGAUGGUGGCUUAUAUAGUAAAGGACCUUCUUACUCUGGUUAUUCUGGGUAUAUCAUGAUGCCAAAUAUGAAUAAUGAUCCAUAUAUGUCUAAUGGAUCUCUUUCUCCACCAAUCCCCAGAACAUCCAACAAAGUACCGGUGGUGCAGCCUUCCCAUGCGGUCCACCCUCUCACCCCACUUAUCACCUACAGUGAUGAGCACUUUUCUCCAGGGACGCAUCCAUCACACCUCCCCUCAGACGUCAACUCAAAACAAGGCAUGUCCAGACAUCCUCCAGGUCCUGAUAUGCCCACUUUCUAUCCCUUGUCUCCCGGUGGUGUUGGGCAGAUUACCCCACCUCUUGGCUGGCAAGGUCAGCCUGUAUAUCCCAUCUCAAGUGGAUUCAGGCAGCCCUACCCACCCUCACUUUCAGUCGACACUUCCAUGUCAAGGUUUUCACAUCAUAUGAUCCCUGGUCCUCCAGGACCCCACACAACUGGAAUCCCUCACCCAGCUAUUGUAACACCUCAAGUCAAACAAGAACAUCCACACACAGACAGUGACUUAAUGCACGUGAAGCCUCAGCAUGAACAGCGGAAAGAACAGGAGCCCAAAAGACCUCACAUUAAGAAGCCUCUGAAUGCUUUUAUGUUAUACAUGAAAGAGAUGAGAGCGAAUGUCGUAGCAGAGUGUACUCUGAAAGAAAGUGCAGCUAUCAAUCAGAUUCUUGGCAGAAGGUGGCACGCAUUGUCCCGUGAAGAACAAGCUAAAUAUUAUGAACUAGCUCGGAAAGAAAGGCAGCUACACAUGCAGCUCUACCCAGGCUGGUCUGCAAGGGACAACUACGGAAAGAAAAAGAAGAGGAAGAGAGAAAAGCUACAAGAGUCUACUGCAGGUGCAGCCCCACGAAUGACAGCUGCCUACAUCUGAAGCAUGGUGGAAAGAGAAACGCUUUCUCAACGUGCAAAGCAAAGGCAGCGACAUCAGGGCCCCUUCUCGAAAUGGAAGCUUGUUAAAAUCUCCAGGCAUGUCCUUCAUCUGCACAGACCACCAUCAAGGAGUAUGUCUAGGAUGCCGACAACACUUGCCCCGAUGUCACUGCUUAAAAAGACACUGAACCAUAAAGACAAUCACUGCCAGGCCCCUUUGCUAUCAUGGAGUCCCAAAUCUUAACACAAUAAAAGACAGCAAGGAGAACAUGUCAGAACUUCCCCAGUCAGCAGAGUAGUUUCUUUCCUUUUCGGUCUUCGCUCCGCCUUACACUCCUGUUUGUAUCUCUCAUGCGUUGUCAAUGCUGAGUCAGCAGCAAAUAUAGUUCGGCUGUGUUUUGUUUUGCUUCAGCCAGCAGAAUGAUGUAAAAAGCCAGCAGCAACUCCCAUCCUGGCCCUUCACACCGAAAUGAACACACUUUAAAUUCGUCAAGGAAGGCACAACCCAGUUUAUUUAAAUGCUGCAAAAGGAUCGAUCUUGGAUUUUUAGCUUUUAAAAAAAGAAAACUUGAAUGCUUUUUAUGUUUUAGUUAUUUCCUUGGUGUACAUUUUUUUGAGCUUUUAAAGAAGCAUCCAACCCCCCCCCCUUUAUUUUUUAAGAAAAGGAAAUUCCUAUCCUCUCUCUCCCCCCCCCCCCGCUGCCCCACCCUGCAGGAGAGGAACCAAAAUGUUUGGAGGACUGUGGCUUUUUGUUCUGUUAACACUUUGUAGCAUAACCAUCCUCAUUGUAUAUGUGUACUAUGGAGUUAAUACUAAACAUAACCCAUCAGCUGGUCACCAGCCAUGUUCAUCUAUUUCAUUUACUCAGUAUGUGUAAAGGCAAGAUAUUUCAUCAGGUCUGACUACAGCGAGCUCUCCUCCUCCACCUACCCUGAAUUUCCUUGUAAAGAAAAAAAAAAAGCCCAGCACUUGAAUUAUUAUUACUUCAAUUGUUCUGUAUUUGUAUCUGUUUUUGUUAGCCUGUUUAGUGGGAUUUUAUGCCAGUUGUUGAAAUGAGCAUCGAUGUACCCAUUUUUUAAAAAAAAAAUAGUUAAAAAAAAAACUUUUUUGCCAAAAAUACCCGUCAACCAAUAUAUAUUUUGUCAUUCCAGUAUGAGUUAAUGUGCUGAGCAUUUGUUUUUGUUUUUGUUUUUUUAAAAAAUAAAAGCUUUGUAAUAAAACUACAAAAUACUU